AGGCGCAUUUCUACCAAUCAUGGUGUUUUUCCGACCAAAAGAGAAGGCAAUGAAUAAAUUAAUGAACUCAAACUAAAACACCAAGGGAAAAAAAAAACAGAAAAUAUAAAACACAAAACACAAACACAUGAUAAAAGUAGACACGGAGAGAGAAAGAACAAAGACUUUUUUUUUUCUUUCCAAGUUGUUGGUUGCAGUUAGCCUCCCUUCCCGAGCACCGUGUGGUCGGGUCGGGUAUUGUAUUGAGAGUGUUUUGUAGGUUCUUUCUGAUCACUGUGGUGCGUCCAUUGGAAACAUCAAGCAUGGGUUGGAUUCCCUGUUCUGGAUAUUCAGGCACUAAGAACAAGGUUGAGAAGAUGGAAGCUCAGGAUAGUCUCGUUGGUCAGAUCAAAGCCACCACAGGAAAGUUGAAAAGGAAUUCAUCCACAAAAUCCAAAGAUACAUCUAAAAAUGGGAACCCUGAUCACAUUGCAGCUCAGACAUUCUCAUUCCGUGAGUUGGCAACUGCAACUAGAAAUUUUAGAGCUGAAUGUCUUUUGGGAGAGGGAGGCUUUGGUAGAGUAUACAAAGGACGUUUGGAAAGUAUUAAUCAAGUUGUUGCGAUUAAGCAACUUGACCGAAAUGGACUGCAAGGGAAUAGGGAAUUCCUUGUUGAAGUGCUGAUGUUAAGUCUACUUCACCAUCCUAACCUUGUCAACCUUAUUGGUUAUUGUGCUGAUGGAGAUCAAAGGCUUCUAGUUUAUGAAUAUAUGCCAUUAGGAUGCCUGGAAGACCACUUGCAUGACAUUCCUCCUGGCAAGAAACAACUUGACUGGAACACACGAAUGAAAAUAGCUGCUGGGGCAGCAAAGGGAUUGGAAUAUCUACAUGACAAAGCUAAUCCUCCUGUUAUAUACCGAGACUUAAAGUGCUCCAACAUUUUGCUUGGUGAAGGUUAUCACCCAAAGUUAUCUGAUUUUGGUUUGGCUAAACUUGGUCCAGUUGGGGAAAACACCCAUGUAUCAACAAGGGUUAUGGGCACCUAUGGAUAUUGUGCUCCAGAGUAUGCAAUGACUGGUCAACUGACUCUGAAAUCAGAUGUUUAUAGCUUUGGUGUAGUACUUCUGGAAAUAAUUACCGGAAGAAAGGCGAUAGACAAUUCAAAAUCAGCAGGAGAGCAGAAUCUUGUUGCAUGGGCUAGACCCUUGUUUAAAGAUCGAAGAAAGUUUUCACAAAUGGCUGAUCCAACACUCCAAGGUCAAUAUCCUCCAAGAGGGCUAUACCAGGUCAUUGCUGUUGCAGCAAUGUGUGUUCAGGAGCAGGCUAACAUGCGUCCAGUUAUAGCUGAUGUUGUCACAGCAUUAUCUUACCUUGCUUCACAAAGAUAUGACCCCAAUACACAACACACAGGCCAAAGCUCUCGUCACGCUCCUGGUACGCCUCCUAGAAACAGGAGGGGGCAAUGAUUUGGAGCUCAAUGUUUGGUGGAUAUAUACAACAUAAUCUGGACAAAAAUUCAAGUAUAUUAUUUAAUGGUCUUCUCAACUUCAAGAUAUAGGUUUAUAGAUGUUAAUAUCAUUGUCCUUUGGUGGUGUUCUUUCAGUUCAGAACACACACUUGAAAAGGAAAAAAAAAAACUUGUGGAAUUCUGUUCUAGUUCUGGUACUCAAAACUGCUCCCAUUUCUGUUUGGAGCUAAGAAAGUAGUUCCACUUUUUUUUCACGAAAUUUUUAUUUAAGAGCAAAUUGCAGGAUUCAUAAUUCAUGUGCCUUCUUCUAUCUUGGCAAUGUCACUGCCUUUACUUC